GAUGAUUGACAAACUCCGUGAUGCUGAGUUACAGAUCAUGAAACAAAAGAAAGUUAUCGGAGCCAUCACUGGAUAUUUGUGGACACUGACCCCUAUCUUUAUGACCGUACUGACCUUCAGCUCAUACACUAUGAUGGGAAAUACGCUAACGGCCGCCAAGAUGUUCGCAAGUCUGGCACUGUUUUUGAAACUCCUUGGAUCACUCAAUCAUCUUCCUUGGGUAUUCAAUGGCAUAAUGGAAGCAGUUAUUUCCCUUGAAAGAAUUGAGAAAUUUGUUGCAUUGGAAGAUAUUAAUCUCGAAAGUUAUUACGACACAAAACAAGAAUCGAAGAAAUCCGAAAAUGUGAUAUCAGUGAAGACUGGGAAAUUCACUUGGGAAGAGGAGAAGAUGCAAAGUGACGAAAAAGAGAAUGCGACUGAAUCUACCAGCGAAUCAGGGGAGGCAACCAGUAAAUCUGGAACUCUAAGUCUGCGAGAUAUUACUGUCGAUAUCACAAAAGGUCAGUUCAUAGGAGUGAUCGGCAAGGUUGGCUCUGGGAAAAGUUCCUUUCUGAACGCUAUAAUGGCAGAAAUGGCUCGGGAAGACGGCAAUAUUUCUGUGUCUAACCUCAAAAACGGGUUUGCUCUUGCGGAUCAGGAACCUUGGAUACAACAGACAACCGUCCGGGAUAACAUUACCUUUGGCAGUCCGUUCAACGCCAAGAAAUACGCUGAGGUUCUGGAUGCAGCAUCACUCACACAAGACAUAGAGAUGUUACCAGCUGGAGAUAAGACAGAAGUUGGUGAAAAUGGCGUAACUUUAAGUGGAGGUCAGAAAGCUAGGCUAGCUCUAGCAAGAGCAUUAUAUCAGGAUAAAGAGGUAUAUCUUCUUGACGACCCUUUAGCAGCAGUGGACGCUCACGUGGCACAACAAAUGUAUGACAAGUGCAUCAUGGGAUUGCUAAGAAACAAGACGAGAAUCCUAUGCACACAUCACAUCAAUUUUCUUGGAGAAGCUGAUCUUGUCAUUGCUAUGGAUGAUGGAAAAAUCACCAAAAUGGGUCUUCCAUCUGAAGUGCUUACCGAUGUUAAGUUUGCUGAACACAAACCAUCGGACAAAGAAGGCGUGGAGGUGGAUUACAAUGAUAACAACGACAAGGAAGGGAAACUAGGAGAGGAGACUAAGGCCACCGGGGAAAUGAAGAUAGGGGUGUACAAAGCAUAUCUAUCAGCGAUAGGUAAAUGGCUAGCCCUAGCCAUGAUAAUGUCUAUCGUAUUGAUGCAAGUGUCCGAGAUGAUGAAAGACUGGUGGCUGACUUACUGGGUAUCCAGUACUAAUACUAACGAUAACAACACCUCCAUUUCUGGAUAUUUCUGUUUCCAUGACAACAUGUCUACACCAAUUAGCUUCGAUCAACGUUAUGACUCCACAUCACCUGCAUCAUCCGGGCAAUCAAGUCUUUUCUACUACAUGGUGGUGUACGCAUGUCUGUCUGGUGUUUACUCUCUAUUAUCGCUUGUCAGGGAAAUUUUCUUUACCUAUAGUGGGAUGAGAGUAGCGAAGACCAUACACAGUGACCUACUCAAUACUAUACUAAAGGCGCCUAUGUCCUUCUAUGAUGUGACUCCCAUAGGACGAAUUCUGAACAGAUUUUCGUCAGACAUGGGGACUAUCGACGACUCCAUAAGCCGCAUGAUAAUGGUAGUUCUGUGCCAAUUUUUCGAAGUUGUUGGAGCUAUAUCCAUUGUUUGCUACGGAAUGCCUUGGUUCAUACUCCUCCUUCUACCUGUGGGCGCAGUCUACUAUCAGCUACAGGAAAAAUAUCGCCACACGUCUAGGGAAGUUAGACGAAUAGCAAGUCUUAACCGUUCACCGAUCUUCUCCCACUUCUCAGAGACUGUUGCGGGAGUAGUUACCAUCCGGGCAUUUCGGCAGUCCGAAAGAUUCAAAGACCAAUACGUUAAUCGUCUGGACAACUGGUUAAAAACUCGUUAUACAGCCUACAACAUAGCACUCUGGCUAUGGAUCAAGACUCAAUUGGUUGGAAUUGUCAUGGUGACUGGAAUAGCCUUUUUGGCUGUGAUUGAACACAGCAUACAUGGAAUCGAUCCAGGAGUAGCCGGACUCGCCAUUUCUUACAUUCUGUCACUGUCCGGUCUUUUAAACGGAAUCGUCAACUGCAUAACUGAGACUGAAACACAAAUGGUUAGCGUGGAGAGGGUACAGCAGUAUAUAGAGGACACGCCCAGCGAGAGAUGGGAAGGGUCACAGCCUUCCCCGGUCUGGCCAGCUACAGGUGUGAUCAGCUACAGUGAUGUCCACAUGAAGUACAGGGAUGGUUUACCUAAUGUCCUCAAAGGCCUCACGUUCAGCACACGUCAUGCAGAAAAGUUGGGAAUUGUGGGACGAACUGGAUCCGGGAAAUCAAGCCUCUUCCAGACACUGUUCCGUACUGUGGAGAUCAGCUCUGGAGACAUAACCAUUGAUGGAUUGAACAUACAGCAACUGGAUCUCAAAGACGUCAGACGACAUCUGGCUGUGAUUCCCCAGGACCCAUUCCUCUUUAGUGGUACCGUCAGGGAGAAUCUGGACCCCACCUCAUGCUACAGUGACGAGGAACUGUGGGGGGUUCUGGACAGGUGUCACCUCCGACUGCCUGUCGACAGACUCGGGGGACUCGAGGGAGAGGUAGCAGAGAAGGGCCGGCAUUUUUCUGUGGGACAGAGACAACUCAUAUGUCUGGCUAGGGCACUCCUCACCAAGGCCAAGGUGCUGUGUAUUGACGAAGCUACGGCUAGUGUGGAUCUGGAGACAGACAUGUUGAUACAGGAGACAAUACGACAGGAGUUUGUGAACAGUACGGUGCUGACCAUUGCCCAUCGUAUCAACACCAUAAUGGACAGUGACCGAGUGUUGGUGAUGGAUCAAGGUCAGGUGGCCGAAUUGGACUCUCCAGAAAACCUUCUAAAAAAUCCACAAUCUGAAUUCUACCAGUUAGUUCAUGGGAAGCAAUCUCGAGAAUUUUAGCGUCACGGCUUCACGUCUGGAAUAUGACUUUGUUUAAUAACAAUGUUAGAAGACUUUACUAUCUUUGCAAAUGACAAUAAUAUAUGUAGGGUCUUUAUUAUCGAAGAAACCAAUUAUAGCUAUGUACGAAAUGUAUGUUACGUCGACGAUAGGUUUUUAUAAUCAUAUACAUGUUACAUGUAGCUGUAUGGUUUUUAGUUGUAAUGUGUAUGAUAUAACAGGGACUUUAUGCAAUAUAUUACGGGUAUUAUGAAUACCAGGACAGAAAGUGUACAUUCUAGUGUAUGGACAUAUGGUGACUUUCAGUUGAUGUGUGUUAAUGUUGUAUGUAUAAAUGACAAUCUUUAUUUGUUGUGUAAAUGAUAAAACAAGGACCUCUUUGUGGUAUAUGAUGAGUAUUAUGAAUACUUUGGUAAAAAAUGGCAAAACAUUGUAUGGAUGAAUGGUGGACUGUAUUAGAGGAUUAUUAUUAUUUGGAUAAAUGAUAAACUGUAUUCGUUGUGCUUUAUUUUAUUGAUGAAUUUUGAACUCUAUUAGUUGUAAAUUCUUAAUUUAAUGUACAAAUAGUGAAAUGUAUUUGUUAUGUUAAUGGUUAAACAAACAUUGACCAUUUUGGGGUUCAUGACCUAGCUUUGCGAAUACUAUUGUAUGGAGAAAUGACGAACUUUCUUUGUAAUGAAUAUGGUACAACAAGGAACUGUAUGUGGUACAUGAGCGGUAUUAUGAACAUAAUGGUAAAACUGGCGGCUAAUGCAUUAAUAAACGAUGUUUGUUACUAGUUUUAUUGGUGCUAGUUGAAUAUGCAAUGUCUUCGUAUCACACCUAUUAUUCAAUAAAUGAUUCA